AUGGCAGACCAAAGCUCAGAAACAAACUGGGGGCCCCUGUCCGAGGUAAUGUCAGCAGGGGGACCGAAACACAAAACCCACGUUGACAAAAAUGCUCUGGCCACCGUCAUCGCUGUCGUGGACGCAAUGGGUACCGCCUUGAAACUCGCUGUUCCAACACGGCACCCACCGCCACGUCAGACGCGUCAGUGGUCAACGCGAUCUCCGCCGACGGAAACGGGUGGGCCAGCAGGGCCGACGCGGGAAAACCGAAACGGCCUGGACUCUGUCGGGCAACGGAACCACACCUUCAGCAGAAAUGCGGUGCCCGAGGAAAUCCAGAACAGGCAACCCGAACUGGCACUUGGAAGGGUUGAUGAUCAGGCUGUGAGCUGCCAAACGCUGGUCAUCAACCCAUCAACGCGAGCCUAUCAAAAUCGUGUUGAUGCCAGGCUGCAGCUCUGUGUCCACACUGGUGGCCGAAGCUGCUCGCAUGUGAACCUCAUAGUGCUGUCAUAUGGCUCCAGCUCUCCUGCUCUGUCCAACCGACAGCGCUUCCCCACUUUCUUCCGUACUCAUCCAUCUGCUACACUGCACAACCCCACUCGGGUACAGCUCUUCCAGAAGUGGAAAUGGACCAAGAUUGCCACUAUCCAGCAAACAACAGAAGUAUUUACCUCAACUCUGGAUGAUCUGGAGGAGAGGGUGAAGGAGGCAGGGAUUGAAAUCAGUGUUCGUCAGAGCUUCCUAACCGACCCAGCUGUGGCUGUCAAAAACCUCAAGCGUCAAGAUGCCAGAAUUAUUGUCGGCCUGUUCUAUGAGACAGAGGCAAGGAAGGUCUUCUGUGAGGUUUACAAGGAGAAGUUAUAUGGGAAAAAGUAUGUUUGGUUCCUCAUUGGCUGGUAUGCAGACAACUGGUUUAAGAUCAAAGACCCAUCCAUCAACUGUACUGUGGAGCAGAUGACAGAGGCUGUGGAGGGUCAUGUAACUACUGAAAUUGUCAUGCUUAACCCAGAAACAGUACGAGGAGCUUCUAACCUGACCUCUCAAGAGUUUCUUGCUCAGCUCAUGUCCAAACUUGGGGGUAAAAAUCCAGAAGAAACAGGUGGUUUCCAAGAGGCUCCGCUGGCGUAUGACGCUGUGUGGGCUCUAGCGCUGGCCCUCAACAAAACCGUUGGGCCCCUUAGGGCCAAGGGUCAUCGUCUUGAAGAUUUCAACUAUAACAACCGAGAUAUCACUGCUGAGAUCUACCGAGCAAUGAACACCAGCUCUUUUGAAGGAGUGUCUGGUCAUGUUGUAUUUGAUGCUCAAGGAUCUCGAAUGGCCUGGACUUUAAUUGAACAGCUUCAAGGAGGAAGCUAUAAAAAGAUCGGAUACUACGACAGCACUAAAGGCAAUCUGUCCUGGUAUGGGAAUGACAAGUGGAUAGGCUCUGGACCUCCUGCAGACCAGACAGUGGUCAUUGAAGAGUUUCGCUACCUGUCUCAGAAGCUCUUUGUGUCUGUGUCUGUCUUUGCUGGGUUGGGAAUCCUUCUGGGAAUUGUCUGCCUCACUUUCAAUAUUUACAACAGCAACGUCAGGUACAUUCAGAACUCUCAGCCCUACCUUAACAACAUGACAGCAGUAGGCUGCAUGAUGUCUCUGGCUGCUGUCUUUCCUCUGGGUAUUGAUGGCCUUCAUGUCCACAGGAAGCAGUUUCCUAUCAUCUGCCAGUUUCGCCUGUGGCUGCUUGGCCUGGGUUUCAGUCUUGCAUAUGGCAGCAUGUUCACCAAGAUCUGGUGGGUUCACACUGUCUUCACAAAGAAGGAUGAAAAGAAGGAUAAGAAGAAGCAGCACCUGGAACCAUGGAAACUCUAUGCGACUGUUGGCGUUCUGCUUGGCAUCGACAUCCUGUCCCUCAUGAUCUGGCAGAUUGUUGAUCCUUUGCACAUCACAGUGGAGAAAUUUACCAGAGAAGCUCCCAAGGGGGAUCUUGAUGUUUUGAUCCAGCCCUUACUGGAGCACUGCAACUCAGAAAAGAUGAACACCUGGCUUGGUGUGGUAUAUGGUUAUAAAGGCUUACUACUGCUGCUUGGCAUCUUCCUCGCCUAUGAGACCAAGUCCAUCUCUACAGAGAAAAUCAAUGAUCAUCGUGCUGUGGGCAUGGCCAUCUAUAAUGUUGCCGUACUGUGUAUGAUCACAGCUCCAGUCACCAUGAUUCUGUCCUCCCAGCAGGAUGCCUCUUUCGCCUUCGCCUCUUUAGCCAUUGUCUUCUCAGUCUACAUCACCCUGGUGGUUCUGUUUGUCCCCAAGAUGCGGCGCCUGAUAACACGUGGUGAGUGGCAGUCAGAUGCCCAGGAGACCAUGAAGACAGGUUCAUCCACCAAUAACAAUGACGAGGAGAAGUCCAGACAACUAGAGAGAGAGAACAAGGAACUGCAGAAGAUCAUCCAGGAGAAAGAAGAACGUGUGUCAGAGCUGAGAAACCAGCUGUCUGAGAGACAGGCCCUGCGAUCAAGGAGAAGAGCGUCCACCAUCACUAAUCAGAACCACAGCCCCCCUCCCUUUUCCAUCACCCAGAGUGACCCCAGGUCGUUGGCCCCUCCUCCAGGAUACCCAGCGCCUGCCUCUGACCCUCAUCCUGUUCCACAGUCCUUCGCCAACUCGUCCAGUCUCUACCAGUCAGACAGCAAGAUCAGUCGAAAUAAGUGUCACACUAGCCGGCUUCAGCUACUCUACAAGUAAGAUGGUGGUUAACAGUGGCAGGAUGAGGAUAGUAAUACAAGUUUGAAAAAUAAAUAAAUAUCUAAGGUUUAAAAUGAAGAUUAAAAAAAAGGUAAAGGAUUUUCCCUCAGACAGAAAUGAGUGCAGCAAAAUAUGUUCCAGUCAAGCAACAGCUCAAUAAAAACACUGAGAAGGCACAUACACAGAUAUACACCCUGUGAUAGCACAUGUACUUUUGAUUAAUUUGAUUGAGGCAUGAGCAGCGUCUUUAAAUGUCCCCUGGCUUUGAGGUCAGUUUACCACUACUACUACAACUUGAAAACAGUAGAGCGGCUGUAGCUCAAGAUGUAGACUGGGUCAUCCACCCGUUGGAAGAUUGGUACUUCUGUGCUUGGCUCCUCCAGACAUCAAAGAAUCCUUGACCAAGAUCCUGAGUUGCCCCAAAGGCAUCCAUCACAGUAUGAGGUAAACAGCACUUAGUCAUAGAAAAAAGUGCUUACGGUAAAUGAAUGUGUGCAAAUGGGUGAAUAAGGGUUGUAGUAAGGAAGCACUUUGAGUGUUCAAAUACAGUAGAAAAAUGCUAUAUGUGUACCAGUCCAGUAUUUUCUAAGCUGAUCUCUGCUGGAUUUGUUUUUGAUUUAUUGUUCUGGAUAAAUUUCCUCCCAAAUUUGUAACUGGUCUGUUCUCUAUUAGAUUUAAAUGGUAGCCUACAAAACUAGCGAGGUUAGUUUAGACAGGGCGCCUUAGGAUUGAAUCAAAUAAAUUAUAGUUUUAAACCUGUCCUGGUGCUCACUGUUUGGUGAAAGAGGAGCAGAGGUCUGUCCAAGAAAUCUGUCUUCCAGUUUUGAUGAGUGAAAUUUUAUUAUUUCAUUAGUAUGUUGUUUAGUACUAAUUAGCAGGUAUCCACAGUAUCUGCCCAGUGCACCAAUAUAGUUAGUGGUUGCAGUUUGCUAACCAGGCAAGAGAUGGCUAAUAAGCCCCACUUUUAAUAACAUGCUGGUGAGUGGCUGCAUCCAUCAUUGUUAUUACACUUUCAAACUGGUUGGGUUUAUAUAGAGAGUGGUAGAGUUGUAGAACAACAAAAUUCCCAGAAGACUAGGCUAUUUGUGUUAUAAGCAAGAUAGACAUAAUUAUAGCCUACAUACAUACUUACAUUCUACAUUUGUUCCCCAGUGAUAACAUCUUUGAGCAAACCAAAAGACUGUGUUUACAGACUUUUAUGGUUGUGGUGUGCAUUGCUACAAUGUGUAACUAAAUUUCUGUGUACUAGAUUUAAUGCAGAAGUACAAAUCAAGUUGAACAUUGCAUACAACGGUAUUUUCAGCACUGACAGGCUUACUAUCAAAAUUCAAAGUAAUCAUUUAUGAAACAAGAAGAAGAGCAUUCUGUCUGCGAUGACCAUAAGAACAACAGCUGCCACUGACACUGAACACUGAAGUUAGACCAAUGAGAGUUUCUUUAGCUGAAUCAUUUAAAAAACUAGAAACAUAUAAAAGGCGCUUUGAUAUGCACACAGUUAUCAGCAUGCCUAUUAUGAUGAUGUUCACAGAUUCAUGAUAAAGCUGCUGACCUAGGCAUGAUAGUCAGCAUCCCCCACUGGUGUAUGUAAUAGACAUAGUGUCAGGUGGACCCAGGUGGCAGAUCACUCAGACAGACACGGUUGCAGUUAAACAGGUUUAUUUACAGUGAGGACGAAUAUCAAACAUAACACUUACAUGAGAUUGAAUGGAAAACUCAAACUAUCCAGAGGGGGAAGAGGAGAAAAGGAAGUUAGUGACCGAUAGCAACAGAGCUGAGGAGAUACGGAAAUGUUCACAAGGAAUUCGAGAGCUUAGUCGCCACACGGUUAGUACGGACUUGGGGAGGUACAUAAAACAGGAGGUUGAGGCGGGGACCAGCAACAGUGUAGGCGAGUGGAGUGACGGGGUCCAGAAGAGAUGAACUGAGGUAGCACGGUGAAGUGGACAGGUGGUUGGCUGGGCAAAGAGUGUCGUCAUUUGACAGGAAGCAGAGGAGAAGGAAAUCUGUGAAUACCUUGGUUAUCAAAGUAGUACAUAAAAGACGGGUGAUCCGUUACUGCUUGAGGCUAAGACAAUAAUCUGACACCUGAGAGCUGCUUCUUAAAUAGUCCGGCUGAUGACGCCUGAUGCUCAAAGGGUGCAUCAGGGAAACAAAACACAAUAGAACACACCCGUCCCAGCUCCUAACACAUAAAACGUGCACAAAACUUACAGUACAUCAUUAUUAUUAUUCAUAAAAUUACUAUUUUAUUUAAAUAUUUUAAGGAAAAUGCAGGCUAGAGGGUCUCAGUUCAUACAGGGCACAUUUAAGACACUUUUAAAUCACAGUUUAAAAAAUAAUCAAAUGCCGCAACAACAGCCUAGCAAUCAUUUAGAACUCAUAAUAUGGUCUUCUAAUGUGGUUAAAUAGUGAUUUAAGAGACUGACUAAAAAAUAUGAUUUUCUUUUUAAAUAAAUGUUGCAAAUUUUGUUAGUGGUUAUGUUCAUUAUUUAAUUCGCUUUGUCACUGUAGCUCUUCUGGUUAAAUGUUUGGUGGUGGUUUAAACAGUGUUCCUGGUCGCUGUUUAGAGAGAAUCCAUAGUUGGGUGUGUUCAUGCUAAACCCCUCACUGUCACUUGAAGACGUUUAACAUGUCUUCAAGAGUUUAAAAUUAGAGUCAAACAAAAUAAGACCUUAAAAUGUUUUAUUUAAACUAAAUUUGCUGUAGGAAUUACAUUUGCAGAUCUUAUGUUUAAGGCUGUAAAAUACAACAUGACCAAUUUUUAAAUCAGUUUUUAGACCUUUUUUCUAGUUGCUUAAUAUUGUUGCUGCUUAUUUAUGUCACGAGCAUAUAUUUCUUUUAGGAUGUAAUUACACUGUCCUAUACACUUGGGGGUGCUAAUGUCAUGAUUUGUUGUGUUUUACUGUUCCACUGGCAAGUUUACAGCAGCAUGUAGUACACGGACACCCAUCUUAGGACAGGAUGGGUGUCAGCUAAACAUAUGAAUUGAAAAAACAUCAUAACAUUUAUCUGGUUCUGUUGUGAACAUUUUCUACCAGUUUUGCCUUUUUCUGUUUGGAGAAAUGACAAUUGGUGUUGAAUUCAAACUGCAAGCUUGAAGGUAAUAUGUCAACUACAGAAUGGUUAAUUAUAAUAAACGCAGUAGCUACAUGUAAUACCAGACUAGCUUUCAAUUAAAAAUGGUAAGCCUGUUGACUAUAUGGCCAGCAGUGUAUUUCAGACAACUCCAAUGAACAGUUCCUGUCACCUUGUUUUUAAAGCUCAAAGCAGAGUUCACUGCAGGCCAUUCAAUUCAGUUCAAUUCAAUUUUAUUUAUACAGCGCCAAAUCACAACAACAGUCACCUCAAGGCGCUU